GAGAAUUCCUGCAUGGCAGCACCCGGCCCUCACAGCCUCUCCGCUGCUUUUCAGAAACACCUGCAACUCCUGGGCCUGCGGGACUUCCCCUGCGGCCUGGGCAGCUGGAACAAGUCCCGCUUUGUCACAUAUGCAGGCUCCUCAGGGCAGGAGGAGGAGAGGCCGCUGGGUGAGGAGAGCCCUGAAGCGCUGCUGGAGCUGCUGAGCGACCCACACAGCCCCUGGGCCCUGCCACCAGGCUGCAGCCCCGAGGACCAGCGCCUGCGGGAUGUGGCAGUGCUGGCUCCCCAGCUCACCCGUGGCACCCGUGUCCUCCAGCUCUUCAGGUCCCUGCGGAUCGUUGGCAAGGAUGUGGAGGAAGUCGAUGAGGGUCUGUUGCAGUUACAGCGCCUAGAAGAGCUCACACUCUGUGCCAACCAGAUCAGCAGGAUCACCUCAGCUAACCUGCCUCGAACACUGAAGGUCCUGGAGCUCUGCUGCAAUGCCGUGGCUGAUCUGCAGGGCCUGUGUGCUCAGCCUCCUCCAGAGCUGCAGCACCUGGGGCUGGGAUACAACAGGCUGCAUGGCCCUUUGCAGGACAAGCACCUCACUGCAGACUUCUGGCCAAAUCUCAUCUCGCUUGACCUGAGCUUUAAUAACCUAACGGAUCUGUUUGGGCUGGUCUCCCAGCUGUCCAGUCUGAAGAAGCUCCGCAUCCUGGUGCUCCAAGGGAACCCACUGGCUCUCAUUCCCACUUACAGAGGCUUCAUCGUGGACAGUCUGCCCAAGCUUUCCUUCCUUGAUGACAUUCACAUAGGGCUCGACGAGAGGUACCAGUUCCGUGGCUUAUCGAAGCAGCCAGAGCUGAUCAAAAAUGAAGCACAAGUGGUUGUGAGCAUUGGGAAAAUCAAAGGAGUUCCUGAUCCCAGCACACUCCAGGAGCUGGAGAUAGGCUCUGAGGCACCAGUGAUCACCUACAGCUACUGUGUGACUUACAAGUUUGCAGGAGAGGAGACCGAGGAUGUUGUCACUGAGGUAAAAGUUCAUCAGAGUCCUGUGGUGGCCACUCCGGACAUGGACAACUCUGCAUGGGAUGUGAGGGAAAUGAAGGGCCAGCAGGAGUGUGCAGCCAUGGAGGACCCUGCUGCACAUACUGCAAAGGUGUUUGUCACCCCUGGAGAGCCCUGGGCAGACACAAUUGACUGCAGCUACAGGAAAGAGCACACUGCCAAGGAUCUAGUGGGGCUGAAGGACUACCUGCGAGCUGGAACGAUCGUCUCAGUGGUGGAGGAGAAGGUGCUCUGGUGGCCUGUCAGUGCUGACUCAGAGGAAAAUGCAGUAAAAAGUGGGAAGGAAAGACAGGGACUAAAGAAGGAGAGCACCAAGGGUCCUGGGCCCAGAGACAAGCAGAAGAAAAAGAAGAAGAAGGAGAAGCCACGUGAACUUCGCAGUGACCCACCUAUUCGGAGGAUCCUGGGCUCUGAGAGGGUGGCCCUGGAGGCCUUGCUGGCCACUGAGGCACUGGUGGCAACUGUGUGUGACUUCGGGAUCCUUAUCACUGAGCAGCUGCUGCAGUCACCAAGUCAGGAGGAGAAGUUGGACAAGAAAAAAGGCAAAGACAAGAGCAAAAAAACAAAAGCAAAGAAGGAAAGCCAGAAAGCCACAGCGCCUGCCAAAGGAAAAAGGAAAAACAGACGUCCUGCUGAGCAGGAGGAGGAGUGUGGGCUACAGCCGGUGCCGCUGACGGUAGAAUUCCAGGUGCAGCUGCUUCGGUGGCCCACGGCCGGCGCCCAGCACCGGGAUAGCAUGACCGAGGCUGAGGGCAAGGCUCAGUGAUGCGUCCGUAGCCAAAGAGUAAGCAGCAGAGGUCACUGAAAUAAAACCCGCAGGGAUGCUGCCA